UACUCGGCCUGUUCGGUAAUCUGGCACUGCCUAUCAGUCUAUUCUCACACAAAAUAUAUUUAUUGUAUAUAUUUAUUUUUUGGCGAAGUUCUGUUUUUAUCUUUUAGGAAAUUAUCCAAUGAACGGUUUGUAACAGUUGCCUAUUCUGUAGUGCCGAGUCUGCUGAAGUUGCUUGUUGCGGAUUGUUGCGGCGAGGUGUGUUGUCAUCUGUGUCACAUGGUGUUGGUGGCAUUUUUGAAAGAAAUACCUAAUAUAUAGUGUUUCCAAUCAACGAUUAUACUUGAGUGUGUUACAGAAAAUGGAUCUGGUAAAAUCUUUGGGAAUUCGUACAAUUGAGGCUGUGAUAGUAUUUUUCCUCGUUACCUUUUUACCUGGUUUUCCACCUAAUAUGGAAUUUACUGCUUUUAGUGUUGCUCCAUCAAUGCCCCUUAAAGGUACCUUGGAACUAAACACAAAAUUAAACAAUGCGGAACGUUUAUUAGAUGGCGAUAUCAAGGGUCCUGAACACAUAGUAGCCUAUAAUGGAGAAUUAUAUACUGGCAUUCAUGGAGGAGAGAUUGUGAAAAUAGUGAAUGGCAAAUUUGUGCCAGUUGUAAAAUUUGGAAGACCUUGUGCUGGGCUUUGGGAAGAGAGUGUUUGUGGAAGACCUCUUGGUUUCCAAUUUGAUAAAAAUGGCAAUAUAUAUGUUGCUGAUGCAUAUUAUGGAAUCUUCAAGUAUGAAAUGAGAACAGGUACAUCAACCACUCUCGUAUCUAUCAAUGAAACAAUUGAUGGAAAAACACCGAAACUUCCAAAUGAUGUAGCUGUUGCCAGUGAUGGAACAGUGUACUGGACAGACUCCAGUACAGAAAUUACCCUUGAGGAUGGUGUUUAUGCUUGCUUGGGGGAUGGCAGUGGCAGGUUACUGCGUUACGAUCCUAAAACGCACACAAAUGAAGUGUUAAUGUAUAAUAUGCACUUUCCUAAUGGACUUGCCUUGUCACCAAAAGAAGAUUAUUUGUUGAUGUCAGAGACUGUGAGGAGUCGUAUUCACAAGUAUUAUUUGAAAGGCCCAAAGGCAGGAACUUCUGAAAUUUUUAUAGAUGGAUUGCCAGGAUUACCAGACAAUUUGAAGUCUCUUGGAGAAGAAGGCUUCUUAGUUCCCUUGGUAAUGGCCCGGGACUCUGAAAACAUUCUUAUCUUCCAAUUAAUGGGCCCAUAUCCUCUGCUUCGAAAAUUUUUUGCAAGAAUACUUGCUGCUAUUGAAGUUCCUUUGCAGUAUGCUCACAAAUUCUUCCCGCAUUACUACCUUCAGAGAGCUAUUCACUGGCUUGGUCAUUUUGAAUCUGUGUCUGCAAUGAGCCCAAAACGUACAACGAUCUUACAUCUUGAUCUGGAUGGUAAUGUUGUUGAAAGCUUUCACGGCAAUGAUAGUACAGUGUCUGGCAUAUCAUCUGUUGAGAUCUUUGAAGAUGCUUUUUAUUUGGGAUCCCCCUACAAUACUUACAUUGGUCGUGUAAAACUUCCCCUUACUCUAAAGAAAACUCCUGUAAAGUCUGUCAAGGAAUAAGGGAAAGAACAGUGUCUCUCUUGCAUUGUAUUCAUUGAUGCAAAUGCUCAUGUAUAUCUGGUCAACAUGUUAUUGGGUUGUGUUGAAUAGUUUAAUAUGGCAGGCUGUAUUUAAGUAGGUAUUAAGUGUUGUUACAUUAUUACCAUUGUUUUGUUAAUUUAUGUAGUAUUUCUCUUAAAUACAUAUUGUUAGCCUAAUUAUAAAUAUUUGAAUGGUUGUGAAUAUUUCUAUGAGAAAAAUCUGAAAGUUCCUUUCAUGGUAGUUGGAAGUUUAGUAUUGAUGAGGAUUGCUGAAUCUUUAAAAGGAAUCCACCAACAUCAGAUCACUUUUCUCUUUUAAAGACCAAUUUUGUCAUUGCAUUAUUCUUAGUCUAAGAAUGUUUAAGUAAGGGAAAAUGGCAAGUUGAAAUGUUAUCCCAUCAUUGUUACUUAAUGAUAAAAUGUUUGUUUUCAAAGUUUCAGAUAUAUAAACAAAGCAGAAUUCAGAAUUUCUCAAGUAUAAAUAAUGUGCUCUUUGUAAGACUGACCUGUCUCCCAUGUAUUUAAGAGAUUAGAUUACUCGUUAUGGACAGGUGUAUAGUACUUUUAAGUGUUUGAUAUCAAAGUUUUUAUGUUUUGUUAUAAUCAUUAAAUUUAGGGUUACAAAGAUUUAGACUGCUGUAUUAAUACAAUGUAUUAAUAAAAUUUCAAAAAACUUA